AUGAGCGACUCAAAACUCGUUUCAGAGGCUAAUUUCGUGAUUGACCUAUACUGGUUAAAGCGUGUGUUGACACAUCAAUCGAAUGGAGGGCUCCUUCAGAACCCCGCCGCCGGAGACGCUUGCCCGGCGUCCAAGCCCGGCGCGCUCAUUGGCAAGGGCGGCUCCGUCGUCCGCCACAUUCGCGAGCUCACCGGCGCCAGGGUCCGCAUCGACGACUCCUUCCCCUCCUCCGACGAGCGCAUCAUCAUCAUCAGCGCCGACUCCACCCCUCCCCGGCCCAAACACGCCGUCUCCGAUGAGCACCACCACCACCACCAACACCAGCGGAGCAACAGCUCCAGCCCUAGCGUCGGCUCCGACGGGGGCGAGGCCUCGCCGGCUCAGCAGGCGCUGGUCAAAGUCUUCGAGAAGAUGAUGACGUUGGAAAACGAGGAUAAGGAGAUGACUGAAAACGACGCCGUCGUGGCGUGCCGGUUGUUGGCGGCGACUUGUCAGGUCGGGUGCGUGCUCGGGAGAGGAGGCAAGAUUGUGGAGAAGAUCAGGCAGGAGAGUGGGGCCCAGGUUAGGGUUUUAUCCAGGGAUCAGGUUCCUCCCUGCGCCUCUCCCGGCGACGAGUUGAUUCAGAUAACAGGAAAUAUUGUAGCUGUAAAGAAAGCACUUCUAUCUGUUUCAGGUUGUCUUCAGGAUAAGCCUAGGUUGGAUGCAGCUAACUCGGGUUCUGGAAAAUUUUCAGGGAGACUGCUUCAUGGGCCUGAAAAUAUGGGGACUGGUCAUAGAAUGUUUAUAGAAGAGGAGGUGGUUUUUAAGUUGUUAUGCCAAGUUGAAAAGGUUGGUAGUUUGAUAGGGAAAGGUGGCUCUGUAAUACGACAUUUGCAAAAUGAAACUGGUGCAUUUAUCAAGAUAGUUGACGCUCCUCCGGAUUCAGAUGAGCGGGUGGUUUUGAUAUCUGCACGAGAGAAUUCAGAGCAGAAACAUUCCCCUGCACAGGAAGCUGUUAUCCGUGUGCAUUCACGAACGGCAGAAAUUGGUUUUGAACCUGGUGCUGCGGUAGUUGCUAGGCUUCUUGUGCAUUCGCAGCAGAUAGGUUGUUUAUUGGGCAAAGGUGGUUUCAUAAUUUCUGAAAUGAGAAGGGCUACUGGUGCUAGCAUACGCAUAUUCACGAAGGAACAAGUCCCAAAAUGUGGCACACAAAAUGACGAAGUUGUACAGGUUAUUGGAAGCUUGCAGUGUGUACAGGAUGCCUUAUUUCACAUAACAAGUAGACUCCGCGAAACAAUUAUUCCUACGAAGCCACACCAUCCAAAUUUUGAUGGCCCACCGUAUGCUUCCGCGUACCCUGACAUGCCUCCUCCCAUGUUUAGACCUAGGCAUAACCCUGCUUCCCCCGGUCCAUGUCCUUCUCCUGUUGGGCUCCCUCAUGGAAUUGACCAUUCGGCUGUUCCAUCCCAACUGCUUGACCACCUGCAUCCAUUUUCACAUGGCAUGGAUCACAACACUCCCUCUCAAAUUGACCGAGCUCCCUAUCCUUAUGGAAGUGAGCGAUCAGGUCAUGGUCGAACGUAUGAUAGACCAUCUUCUCCAAGAAUGUGGAAUCCUCAGGGGAUUAGCAGUGGAACUCCCAGGGGAAUUGGAGAUAAUGGUCCAGGCUUUGCUUCAAGAAAGGGACCUCAGGGAAGUGAGAGUCAAGCCCCACAUUCAAGUGCAAUUGUUGAGAUCACGAUUCCUCAAAAGUUGUUAACCCAUGUUUAUGGAGAAAAUAACAGUAAUUUAAGUCAGAUCCAGCAGAUCUCGGGGGCGCAGGUGGUGGUAAACGAUGUACAACCCGGAGCCUUAGAAGGGCUUGUUACAGUAUCUGGAAAUCCCAAUCAAAUGUCUGUUGCUCAAUGCCUUAUUCAUGCCUUCAUCCUUUGUGGGCAGACAGCAGGUUAAAUCUCUUCUUUGUAGGGGCAUUCUUUGUGAAAAGUGAAACUUCCAAGUGUAUAUAUAAGUUGUGUUCCCCUUUUGAAAAAUAAAGAAUGGCAGUUAUAGCCAAGUGUAUAUUGAGUUUUAUUAUAUUAUUUAUUGUGUCAUCAAUCUUUACAAAGCUA